GUUGAUGUUUAAGUUCAGCCGCAUGAACACGACUUAAAGUUAGGGGAGCAGGGGUAGGGCUGGGACGGCGUUGAUUGGCCAAUUCCAACCAACACAGCUCCACAUACCUUGCUUCGCGUCCCUCCAGGACGCGACGGGGACACGGACGCGCGACCAAACAAUCCAGGUUGUAGCGAAGAAUGCUCUUUGUUCUUUACGCCACGUUCAUUUGCCCGCUUUGUUACAUUUUUUACAUGGCAUUAUUUCUUGCAGAUAGCCGGCGCUUGUCAACUCGGUUUCGAUGGUUCUUGGCGAUCAGGAGUGCAGCGUUUUGCGCGAAAGUGGAUAACUUCAGCUCGUCGGUCUAGUCAAUAGUCAACCACUGCCGUAACACAUCAGAACUGUCUCAUCAACCGACCUUCGGACCCUAAGACAUCCGUAUACUAUGCCAGCAACUUCAACCAACUGAUAUCCCAAGCCUCGCGAUGGAUGGUUUAGCCAGGGCAGCUGAACCUACUCCAGAGGACUUUGCGCUGCCAUUCGUAAAGGAAGACCCGGAAACGACGCCUAGACGGUGGACCAAACUUGGAGAUGACUCUGAAGUUGAAUGCAACCCAGGGCUAUCUUUGACUCCCUCCGACUCCCUAGGUCAGCCUGGCUUUGCCGCUGAGACUCAGGACCAAGACUUGGAUGAUGAAUCCAUUACCUCCGUCCGUGCCUCAGUCAUAUCAACAACACCUGGAUUGCCUGGAUUGCCUGGGCAUGAUGACUCGGGUGAACUGGAGCUGUCGACUGAACACACUCCUCUGGCAAGGCGGAACAAUCACCUCGCCGUGUGCAUCCCAAAGUCGACCCUGACUUACCCCAGGUCCAUGGUUGAUGGAUGGCUUCCACCGCUUCCCCCAGUCCACGAGAGUGUUGCUCUUGCGGCCUUGAUGACAUUUGUCGAGUCACAAGGUGACCUGACAGAUGAGGAUUUUGUCGAGUUCGAACUGGACAACUUCUCCAUUUACAUCAGGAACAAUACUUAUCGCAACGAGCUACGGCCACUCCAGCAGCUGGCAACCAAGGCGCGACAUGACGACUUCUAUUUCGACGGCGUGCUCAGAAUUGGCGACAUUGAGCACUAUGUCGAGGGUGUGCACUUCAGGAAGUUGCCUCUUGGAAAUUACGGCAUAUCCAAUGCAAGUGUGGGAGACCAGAUGUGGAUCCACUCGAAGAUGAACGAGUCGAGAGAGGUUUACUAUCAAUUAAAGCGUCCCUCGGCCGAAUAUGCCCGAUUCCAUGCACCGUUCCUGUGGCUUGCCGAUCUUGCUAAACACACCGUGGAUUUCUGUGUCUGGAGGGCAAAGAGGAAGCUCUCAGUCGAGCUGAGGCAUUUUAAAGAGAAGUUCAUUGGGUGGCUCCUGGACACUCAUAGAAACGCACCAAGCGUUGAAAGAUGGCAUUCGAAACACGGCAGCAACGACUACCGCUCAGCUGUCGUGGCGAACGUGGACUUCAUCUGGAAAGAGCUCUAUGGUUUAGAACCAAAGAAAGCUGCCUCGAUGCACAUCUUCAAGGAGAUCAAGUUCUUUACUCGGUACGAGCCUGCGGCAGCGCUGUCAGACGGCGUGGAUGUUACUCCUACAGUCGUAACGCCAUACGUAUUUGGGUGUUUUGGCCACAUGAAGUUUGGAAGGCUUUUAAAGGUCGUCGGUCAAAAAGAACCCGCGGACGAGAAGGCUUCCGAAGCUUUCAUGGAGGGACGUGAGUCUGAAGAUCCCCUGCAACAGGAGGACACCUUGGGGAUUCUUCCACUGGAGGACCACCACCAGGCUAGAAAUCGAUCCAAGCGCAGAUCAUCAUCAGCAGACCGAGACCACAGAGAGAUGAUCGCAAGCAUCAAGCCGGGCGAUACAAUCUCCACUCCCCCGGAUAGCCAAGCAACGGGCACGAAGUGGAAGACGGAGGCUGCCAAGGGCUUCGUUGAUGAUAGGCGCUGGUUCGGGUUGGUCCAGAAAGUCCAUGUUUCACCAAGGACUGGCGCCCGGUCCUUCGACGUUACAUGGCUAUAUCAGCCGAUAGAUACCCCCUGUUGCAAAAUGAUGUAUGCGUGGGGUAAGGAGCUCUUCCUCUCCAACCAUUGUACAUGCGACGACGGCGCCGACGCGAGAUGGGACGAGGACGAGGUACUCGAAAAACACAACGUGGAUUGGUUCGGCAGCCCGGAGACUACGACGGCCGAGUUUUUCGUGCGACAAACCUAUAUGAUUGAGGACAGGCGCUGGGUCUCGCUCGAGCCAAAGCACAUGAGGUGUCAACACGACAGACCGGAGGGGCCUUUCUAUCACCCGGGCGACACGGUCCUUGCAUCGGUAUCUGAGGAGGCGGAGAUCGCCGAGCCGUACGAGGUUGUCGAGGUCUUCGAACAAGGACGUUCUCAACUUGCUCGGCUACGGACGCUACGGCGGCGGAGUGCGAUCGAGCAUCGGGCGAAAAAUAUCCGGCCCAACGAGCUUGUUUACACCGACGAUGUGGUGGUUGCGGAUACCGAGAAUAUUGUGGGGAGAUGUUUGGUCAGAUUCUUUCGCCCCGGCGAACCUCUGCCAAACCCCUACAACAGGGAUGGCACAGCUAAUGUGUUCUUCAUAACGCACAAACUGCAGCUUCGGGACGGAAAGGAAGUCUGCGUUCAGUUUGAGGACGAGUACCCGCCAUCGAUGCGCCAGGGAUUCAACCCUAAACGCCGCGAUUUUCGGAAGAUGAGGGGCCUCGAUUUGUUCUGCGGCAGUGGCAACUUUGGUCGAGGCCUAGAGGAGGGAGGGGUGGUGGACAUGCACUGGGUAAACGACAUCUGGGAUAAGGCCGUCCACACGUAUAUGGCGAACGCCCCGGUCGGUACGCACCCAUUCCUCGGCUCAGUGGACGAUCUCCUCCAGCACGCCAUUGAGGGGAGGUACUCGAACUCGGUACCUCGCCCGGGGGAGGUGGACUUCAUUUCCGGCGGCAGUCCCUGUCAGGGGUUUUCGCUCCUGACAGAUGACAAGAAGUGUGACCGCCAGGUCAAGAACCAGUCUCUUGUGGCCUCGUUCGCCUCGUUUGUGGACGUGUAUCGGCCGAAGUACGGGAUCCUGGAGAAUGUCCCGGCCAUUGUUCAGGGUCACAAGAACCGCGAGGAAGACGUUUUCUCGCAACUGAUCUGCGCAAUCGUGGGGAUGGGUUACCAAGCCCAGAUCAUCAUGGGCGAUGCGUGGUCUUACGGCGCACCGCAGAAUCGUAGCCGAGUCUUUUUGUAUUUUGCAGCCCCAACCUACCGCCUCCCGGAAGCCCCUUUGCCGUCACACUCCCACCAUGCAGGUUCGAAUAGCCGCGCCCUGGGUGUCAUGUCAAACGGCGAGCCCUACGUACGCCGCUCAUUUAAGCCUACGGCAUUCAAGUUCGUUAGCGCCGCCGAGGCAACCGCCGAUCUUCCCCAAAUCGAUGACGGGAAGCCAGACUGCUGUGUCGGAUUCCCGGACCAUCGAAUCCAGCUGGGCGUCACGCCAUGCCUGCGGUUUCAGUUCAACUUGAUCCCGACACAUCCCUACGGGAUGAACUUCGCCAGGGCCUGGGAGGAAGGGAGAGGCGUGAUGACACUAAGCGAGCGGGAGCUGUUCCCGCGAUCGGGCUGUACACGCACUGCGUCGAAUUCGAAAGGAUGGGGCCGCAUAAGGCCCGUCGAUGUCUUCCCCACAGUCACGACCCGCUGCGGGCCGAGUGAUUCGCGAACAGGGCGCCUCCUUCACUGGUGGGAGCACCGACCCAUCACCAUCAUGGAGGCUCGCCGAGCGCAGGGUUUCCUGGAUCAUGAGGUACUACUGGGCACGCCGCCUGAACAGUGGAAACUGGUCGGCAACAGCGUCGCCCGGCAGAUGGCCCUGGCACUGGGACUGCAGUUCCGCGAGGCCUGGCUGGGCUCCCUGUACGAAGACCACGCCAUUUCAGUGCCAGCCGCCCAGGCAUGCCAAGCUCCCCUGAACACCGCUGUGCUUGUCGGGCCGGAAACGCUGGCUGAAGAGACCACCAGGCCUGGGGACUGGGCCAUGGCCGACUCGGUCUCGACCACCCGGGAAUCCUCCAAUCCUAUCGACGAACCCCGCCUCAGUCGUGGGCCAGCAUCGACGCCUCCCACAAGCGCCUCGGAGUCCACCGAGGCGAGGCCUAUCGACCCGGCCGGCGGCCCGAGGAAACGGUCGUUGUCGCUGGCGCUAGCGGUAGAGCUGCACUCGUCGAAGAAGAUGCAGCGUUUUGGAGCCGCGCAACCCCCCGACGGUUGUCUGGGGCUGCCGGACUCUGCCGCGGCCGAGCGUGCGGCCAGCAAGUUUGGACUCGGUCUUGAUGGGAAUGUAGAUGGCGACUCGAGGGCUGCGGCGGCUGCAACAGUGGCGGAGGCCGUGCCUGGAUUGGAUUACGAUGAUUUUGUCGACGAACUCUCUUUUCAGAUUUAGAAAAGACCGCGUAU